AGGCAACUCUACGAGAAAUUGACUCCGUCAUCAGAAAACGGAAUUGCACGUGUGUGGUGAAAUGAGACAUUGUAAAGAAUCUGAAGCUGUAUGUUUCUAUUGAAGCAUAACUAUGCAUGGUAAAGAGGCAGGCAUGUCUUCAAAGAGUGUUAGAUUUGGAGGAAAAGUUGCAGAAAUUCUUACACAGUACAAAGAGGGAAACACAAAAGGCUAUGAUCUUCUUAUUCAUCAGUUGGCUGAUCCAGAAAUAAAGUCUUGUUCGCUUUUGUCUUGGAUUCAAGAGCUGCGUCAAGCGGUGACCCUGCUAUAUAAAGAUUUUGAGUCACUUGUUUCCACUGUCUUGAAAGUUCGAUGGGAACAGCAUGACCCAGAAGUUAUAGAUGAGUAUCGGGCUCUACUGGUUGAUUUGGUUUCAGCCCAAACACUUUAUUUGAGAUUGGUGUUAAAAAUGCUUAUCAAGAAAUUUCUAUUAAAUUAUAAGCCUAUGGAUGAAACCGACGAGGCUAAAAUGAAGAGGAUGGCGAGUGAAUCUGCGUGUUUUCGACACGUACACACAACGCUCCAAAUCAUUAUCAAGAUUGUCCCCAUGACACCUCAGUUUCUGAUGCCAGCCCUUUCUGACUGCUUCCCAUUCAUGAGGAAAGAUGUGUAUGUUCAGGAAUGCUAUGUCAAGAAUCUGCUUGUUCUAACACAGUAUGUGCCUAGAUUGAGACAGAAAAUUCUAGAGCUGAUUAUAGAGAAGCUGAUACUAUUGGAUGUUCAUGCUCCAAGGGCAGAAAUAGAGGAAGCGGAGGAUGCUGAGGAUAGUGAAGAUGACAUGGAGGAUGUUAUGUUUGAAAUGGAUGGAGUUUCAGAAGAAGUAAUUGAAGAUAAGUGCAAUUUAAGAGAAGAAGAAGAAGAAGAGACAACAGACAGCAAGAAGACGAUACGGCCAAUGAAACAUCCGUUAGCUAAUACACUUGAUGUCCUCAUGAAAAUUAUGCUGGAAUACAUCCAUGAUACUUGCCAUCCAAACGAUGAAUUUAAUAUUGAUUGUACUAAAGAUCUAUACCGAAAUUUGCUGUCUAUAUUUGAAAUAGUCGUGUUGCCAACGCAUGCGUGUUGCCAUGUGCAGUUCUUUAUGUUCUUCAUUUGCAGUUUCCGUCAGGGAUUGUCGGAUCUCUUUUUAGACUACCUUUGGAAGAAAAUUGAGAACCCAAACACUUCACAAAUCGUCAGGCAGGCAGCUGCAUCAUACGUGGCCAGCUUUUUAUCCAGGGCAAAGUUUGUACCAAUUGCCGCUGUGAGAACUGGCCUAGAUGUGAUGAUAUCAUGGGUCCAUCGUUACAUUGACUGUCAGGAUGGCAGCACAAGAUCCUACGCAGACGUCAAUCUUCAUGGUACCUUCUAUUCUGUUUGUCAGGCAAUAUUCUACACAUUUGUUUUUCGACACAAAAACAUCAUUGAAAGUGAGAAGGGAUUACUCUAUGCAAGGAGCCUGAACUUGGAAAGAAUUGUGACGUGCAGACUGAACCCACUAAAGGUCUGCCUACCAACAGUAGUCAAUAUGUUUGCAACAAUUACCAGAAUCCACGAAAUAGCAUUCUGUUAUACGGUUAUUGAACGCAACAACAGGGCCAUUAUUCCAGUAGUGACACAGACCCAAUGCGGAACAUCAACUCAGCUGACGAAUAUGAACCCGCUAGAUUCAUUUUUUCCAUUUGAUCCUUACAUCCUUCACAUGUCUGCAACCUUGAUAGAACCACUGUAUCAACUAUGGGAGGGCCAGCAGGUUGAAGACCAGCAGUCUUCUUCCGAGGAUGAGGAUAAUAAGGAGGAGGAGUGUUACUCAUUGUAUGCAGAUAAAGAGAGUCUGCUGCCGCUGGGCAUCACACCAACCGCUGCCAUGUGUGUCUCUCCAGGCUUCAGAUCUGCAUCAUUUGGAACUUGAAGCAAAUGCAUGACAUCGGUCAGAUCACAAAUCAAUUAUUGUGAUCACAUCGCAAUGAUUUUGAUGUGUUCUAUAUGCACCUAUUGCAGAGGAGAAUGCAACAGUUGUGAUUACAUCACAAUAAUUUUGAUAUGAAACAAUGUGUCUGGUAUUCGUGUACUGUAUUACAAAAGCAGAUUAUAACAGUUGUGGCUGCAUCACAAUGAUUUUGAUGAGGAUAAAACAAUUCUGUUGGGUAUGCAUGUAUUGCUUAUAGCAGAAUGUAACAAUUGUGAUCGCAUCACAAUGAUUUUUAUCAGGAUGAAACAGUUUUUGAUAAAGAUAAAUUAAUUGUGUUUGGGACACACAUAUGGCAGAGGAGAAUGCAACAAUUGUAACUGCAUCACAAUUAUUGAGAUCAUGAUAAAAAUAAUUGUGCUUGUGAUACGCAUAUGGCAAAGGAGAAUGCAGUGUAAUUGUGAUCGCAUCACAAUGAUUUUAUCCGGAUAAAAAUGUUAUGCUUAUAAUGCAACAGAUCACAUCAGGAUAAAACAAUUAGUUCGGUGUGCAUACAUUUCAGAGCAGAAGCCAAAGAUUGUGAUUGCAUAACAAUGAUUUUGAUCAU